AAAGAGAAGUCCACCACACAUCCCCCCCCCCCCUUCCCCUCCUCACCUUCCCUUCUCCGGUUCUCAGAUUCCACCCAAUCCGCCGCUGCGUCGCGUGUGCUGUUCGGCGAAAUUCCAAGCCCCAAUUCCCCACAUCUCAUGGUUCUCUCUCCCAUCGCCUCCGCCGACGUCGACCGCCUCCUUUGCUGCUGUCGCCGGUGUUGUUGCUGUCGCCGGUGUUGUUGUUGUUGAGGGGGUAACGGUGGUGGUGGUGGUGGUGGUGAGGGGUUAGAGGGGCUAGGGUUGCGGAUUUGCGGCCAAUUGGUUGGGGGAUUUCGAAGGGGGAAUGGAUCUCUCGCGGCCGGAAUCGUCGGACCUGUCGCUGGGUUUCCACUCGCUCGGCCACGCCCGCGGGCACGCGGUCACGGGGCCGCUGCGGCUGUUCGAUGACAUGGAGGACGCCAAGCCGGAGAAGAGCGUCGGUGGCGGCGGAGGAGGAGGGGGAGGAGGAGGCGAGGAGGAGGAUGGGGAGGAAGGGGGCGACCAGCACUUCUCCCUCCUCGGCCACGCGCUCUGCGUCAAGCGUCCACGCCGCGCGCUCUACGGAGGCGGAGGCGGAGGCGGGGCAGGAGGUGGAGGAGGAGGAGGAGGGGAGGCGUCCUCCUGCUCGUCUUCCUCCUCGUCGCUGCACCCGGCGAAGCGGCAGGCGACGGCGGAGCGCGGCGCGGAUCUGGAGGCCCGCCGCGGCGCCGUCCGCGCGUGGGGCAACCAGGCGCUGGCGGAGGCCGACCCGGACGUGCACGCGCUGAUGGAGCUCGAGCGCGACCGCCAGGUGCGCGGGAUCGAGCUGAUCGCGUCGGAGAACUUCGUCUGCCGCGCGGUGCUCGAGGCGCUCGGCAGCCACCUCACCAACAAGUACUCUGAGGGCCAUCCCGGGGCUCGGUACUAUGGCGGGAACCAGCACAUCGACGGCAUCGAGCGCCUCUGCCAUGAGCGCGCCCUCGCCGCCUUCGGUCUCGACCCCGCCUGCUGGGGGGUCAACGUCCAGCCAUACUCCUGCACCUCUGCAAACCUAGCUGUUUACACAGGUCUCCUCCUGCCCAAGGACCGUAUCAUGGGGCUCGAGCCGCCUUCCGGUGGCCAUGUCAGCCACGGGUACUACACACCAAGUGGUAAGAAGGUGUCUGGAGCAUCCAUAUUCUUCGAGAGCUUGUCGUACAAGGUGAAUCCGCAGACUGGGUAUAUUGAUUACGACAAGCUUGAGGAGCGGGCAAUGGAUUUCCACCCUAAGAUUCUCAUAUGUGGUGGGAGCUCAUACCCCAGGGAGUGGGAUUUUGCACGGAUGAGGCUCAUUGCUGAUAAGUGCGGUGCGGUGCUCAUGUGCGAUAUGGCACAUAUCAGCGGGCUUGUUGCGGCCAAGGAAUGCCGUAGUCCCUUUGAUUACUGUGAUGUGGUUACAUCAACUACUCACAAGAAUCUGAGAGGUCCUAGAGGUGGUAUAAUAUUUUUCAGGAGAGGGAAAAACUUAAGGAGGCGUACUGGAUCUUUUUCUCAAGCGGAUGAGAAUGAUUAUGACUUCGAGGACAGGAUAAAUUUUGCAGUUUUCCCUUCAAUGCAAGGAGGACCCCAUAAUAAUCAUAUUGCAGCCUUGGCGAUAACUCUGAAGCAAGUAGCAACACCUGAAUACAAAGCAUACAUCAUACAAGUUAAGAAAAAUGCCCAAGCUUUGGCAUCAGCCUUACUCAGAAGAAAAUGCAGAUUGGUUACUGGUGGCACCGAUAACCACUUGGUACUUUGGGACCUCAGAAAUUUAGGCUUGACUGGAAAGAACUUUGAGAAGGUCUGUGAGGCAUGCCACAUCUCCAUAAAUAAGAUGCCGAUAUAUGGGGAUAAUGGCUCAAUAUCUCCUGGGGGUGUUCGGAUUGGAACACCUGCAAUGACUACUAGAGGUUGCUUGGAAGAUGACUUUGAGGUGAUCGCAGAUUUCCUCAUCAGAGCCACCCAAAUAGCUAGUAAUCUUAUGAAAGAACAUGGAAAAAUGCAGAAGGAAUUCCUGAGAGGCCUACAGAACAAUAAAGAUAUCAUAGAACUCCGUAACCAGGUUGAGAAUUUUGCAUCGCAGUUUGCAAUGCCAGGUUUUGAUGUAUGAGUGUGCAUGUAUGUGUACAUAUCUUGGUGAGGUUGUCCAGAUUCAUCAGGAAUUAGCAACCGUUUCACUCUUUGCCGAAGUGUUUCUUUCAACAGGAGCAGAAUAGGGAAAGAUCGUUUUUUCUUUUGUUGGAAAUUGGUCUUGACUGAAGCUGUACAUGCAUACUUCUGAGUUGUCAUUUAUGUAACGUAUUGAACCUUCAUAUAACGGCUUUGUAUAGGAGAUAAUUUUCCUCCAUGCGUAAGGAUCUUAAAUCUAUUUUGUGUUUAUGUCUA